AUGACUGCUGAAAAGGAGAGUUCUUGCAUCCUAGAGAAUAUUCAGAACAUGGAAGAGAUGAAACACCUUUUUGUAAUUGUCACACUGCUUAACAUCUUCUCCUUGACAUGUGGAAAGAUUUCAGAGUACCAGCUGGAGACCGAGAGUCUGAGUCAAUGUGAACAGCUCAGGGCUGUCAGUUCAGCGAAGGGACAUGAGCACGUCCCCCAGUGCUCUGAGGACGGCUGCUUUAGGCAUGUUCAGUGUAAUCGUGGAGGUGGGGAAUGUUGGUGUGUGAAUGGAGAAGGACUUGAGAUACCUGGGAGUCGGCAAAAUAAAUCCAUGGUUUAUUGUUUAACCACAUGCCAGAUCCAGAGACAGCGGGCAAUGCAAACUGAAGGCAUCACCCUGGUGCCAGUAUGUUUGGACUGAGGUGAGUUCGAGCCAAUGCAGUGUGAUGCAUCCCGUGGCCAGUGCUGGUGCGUGGACCAAGAAGGCAUGGAGAUCUAUGGAACCAGGCAGAACGGAAAGCCCUCAAAGUGUCCUGGUACUUGUGAGGUGAGACAGCGGCGACUCCUUCAUGGUAUCGGCGAAUCAUCUCCCCCUCAGUGUUCAGAUGAUGGGGGCUUCUUACCUGUGCAGUGCAAGUUUGUCAACACCACUGACAGAAUGAUAUUUGACCUGUUACACACCUUUAACAGAGACCCAGAGGUGUUCCAGACCUUCAGUGCUUUCAGAAAGGCCUACCCAGAGCUCUCUAGUUAUUGUUUCUGAGCGGAUAGUCAUGGAAGAGAGAUGCCAAGCACAGGUGUGGAGCUGCUGUUGGAUGAGGUGUACGACACAGCAUUUUCAGACCAGACUGCAGGAAGUACAUUUGCACAGUCAAACAUGUAUCGAAUCCUACAGCGCUGCUACCUUGCCGUCCAGCUGGCUGUGAGCGGGAGAUUUAGAUGUCCAACCCCAUGUGAGAGCCAACGGGCUGCAGCUACUCAGGUUGGCAAUUCUUUUGUACCCUCCUGUACUGAUAACGGAGCAUAUGUGCCAACCCAGUGUCCGUCCGGUGGCCAGUGUUGGUGUGUGGAUGCUGUUGGAAAAGAGAUCUUUGGCACACGCCAGUAUGGAGUACCAAAUUGUAGCACUGGAGUGAAAGACUGCCUGUCUGAGAGGAGACAAGCCCUCUCCAGGCUUUUUUAUGGCCCAGCUGGAGACUUCAGCAAGAGCAACGUGUUCUCUGUUUCCAAAGACACCCUCUCUUUUCUUGGUACUUGCAGUCCUGAAUUCCAGGAGCUUUUGGCCAACUCUGGUCUUCUUCAGUCAUUGCCAGAGCUGGAGCGUCCAAAUGUCAGAGACAUCCUGGCAGAGGUCCUCCAAGGGAUGUUUCCCUCUGGAGAUCUUGCCCUGAAAGCUCUUGCCCCGAAUCCCAAGAGACUCCAGGAGAAUCUCUUUGGAGGAAAAUUCCUAAAGAAUGCUGGCAAUUUCAACUUCACCGGCACUGUUGGAAACAGUGGUACAUUGAGUUUCAGUCAAGUUUUCAGUCAAGUUGGUUUGACGCAAGCUGCGACCGACUUGAUGCAGUUGGCCAAGACCUUUACAGAUGACUCUGCCAGUUUUAAACUAGACCAAGAGAUCUCUGAUACAUUUGGACGUUCGGUGAACCUGAAAAGCAAUAGAGAUAUGAUUAAACUUGUUUCAAUGGCUCUUGAGAAUGAGCAAUUUCUCACUGUUCUUCGAGAAGCAAUCAAACAGUUGAAGGCAGAAGAAAGCACGCAGUUGGGUCAACUGUUUCGUGCCAUUUUCCAGAAAUCAGAUGUUUGCAAGUCUGUGACUUCCACCUCAACUCCAUACAUGCCCCAGUGCACUGAGGAUGGGCGAUACCAGGAAGUUCAAUGUCAGGGCUCAGAGUGUUGGUGUGUGGACUCUCGUGGUCUGGAAAUAACAGGUUCUCGCAUCACUGGGUCCAGACCGAGAUGCUCAUCCCAGUGUGAGAAAGAACAUCAGAUGGCGAUUGCAGUCAAAGCCAGCAGUUCUGCAGGAUCAGAGGUCUUCAUUCCUAAAUGUGGGACUGAUGGUGCUUACGUUGCACAUCAGUGCCUUGGCAAAAGUUGUUUCUGUGUGGACCGUUCUGGAACGAAACUCGGCAUUCAGAGCUCAGGAAGCUCUCUUCAAUGUCCAACAAGCUGCCAGGCAACAGCCACCCAGCAAUUCCUGUCUACAGUGCGCUCUGUUCUCUCUGAUCCAUCUUCAAUAAUCCAGCUUUCUGAAGUGUACAUCCCUCAUUGUGCUUAUGAUGGCAGCUGGCAUCAGAUCCAGUGUGAUGGGCCUCCAGAACAAGCAAUUGAGUUCUACCGUGAGUGGGUUCGGAUCAUAAAUUCCGGACAAGACCUGCCUGUUUCAGAAGCUCUUGGAAUUCUGCAAACCUAUGCAGGAAACUCAGAAGCAAUGGCAUCAUUCAGAACAUUUGUAUCUGAAUUGUUCAAAGCUGGGCACCACCGAGUGUUCCCUGUCCUGGAGAGAUUUGAGAAGAUCUCUGAUAUUCCAUCUGACAUGUUAGAUGGGAACGUCGAGGCCAUUUACGGACCAUCUGUUUUUCUGAACCCAUUAUCUUUAUGGAGACUGAUCAGAGGAGAGGAUUCUGGUUAUCCAGGCCCACUGUCAGAUUUCAGUCUUCCUCUUGGGAGCUUUCACGUACAUCAGUGCUGGUGCGUUAACCCUCAAGGAGACAUGCUAGCAAGUAGCAAGGCUCCUAUUGGACAAAUCCCCAAAUGUCCAGAUCCAUGCUCUAUGGUUCAAAACCGGGUCUCUGAGUUCCUGAAGCAAGCUGAAGAGCUGAUCUCUGCUUCAAACAGCUCGCAUGUGCCUGUGGGUUACGGUUUUCUCCUGGCAGAGAGUGUCUAUUUGAGCCCUGAGGAGCUGGAGCAGACACACUCCUCAAAGAUCCCCAUCACUCAGACUCUGCUGAGGAACCCCAACUUGGCGCUGAGACGACUCGCAGCUCAUUCCACCCUACAUUUCUACUGGCAGAGCAAACUGAUGGCCGAUGACAAAGACAGGCAGAGUUUAAUGCUGGGAUACCAACCCUACAUCCCACAGUGUGACGCUUAUGACCAGUGGCUACCCAAUCAGUGCUACCAAAGCACAGGUCAGUGUUGGUGUGUUGAUGAGGAGGGAAGAUACAUCACAGGCUCUCUGAUGUCUCGUUCUGCACCCUCUCAGCAGUGCCAAACUAAAUGCCAAAGGCUACAAAGUCACUUCCUGCUCUCUGAUUGGACACAAACAAGCUCUAAUAUCACUUACACGUACAGCCCAUCAUGUGAGGAGGACGGCGAGUUUUCGGUACUCCAGAAGCCCGGUUUAGGCCAUUCACAGGGAUUGUGUGUGAGUCCAAUAACUGGACAAGUCAUCCAACCUGCCAUCACCAGUCUUUCUGGAGAACCGCAGUGUCCAGGUUGGUGUUCUCUACAGAAGACUCUGGCAUUGCAGAGAGAGAUCGGUGUGGGCUAUGAGCCUCAGUGUGUGCAGGACGGGCAGAGAUUCUCACCCCUGCAGUGUGACCUGUCCUACUGUUGGUGUGUUUCUCAAAGCGGAAAGGAACUGCCAGCGACACGCACCCUCCGCAGCACAGGACAAACCCCAGCCUGCGACAUUCCUGAGUGUCCUCUUCCAUUUGGAGAUGUUUCCCAUGGUGCUGUUCUGUGUAGCACUGCGAAUGUUGCGGGUCAGCAGACGCAGUGCUGUAAGCUGUUCUGUGACCAAGGUUAUGUCAACACCCUUGUCGCCAGCUUCCUGUGUGAUCCCCAGGCCAAAAACUGGCUUGAUGAUGCUCCACUAUCCUACGCCUGUCAAAAGCCUCAGGUUUUACAGAUAGUGCAGGUGUCCUUACAGCUGAAGCUGUCCCUGGCUGAGGGUCAACAGAGUUGCAGCACCCAAAAUGUUCAGCUACAGGCUGCUUUACUGCGAGACAUGAGAGCUACAGGCCUCUGCAGCCUACAGCUGACCUUAUCUGGCCAGACCAGCUCUGUUGCAGUCUGUGAAGACUCAUCUGUGUCUCUUGAGUGUUUGAAUGACAAGGAAGUCACUGCACGCAUCACCUUUAGGGCCAGACUCUCCGACCUGCCAAUAACAUCUCUCCCUGAUCUCCAUGACAUUGAUAUGGCACUUAGCGAGGAGAGGAUGUUAAAGGGCGUGAGGGAAUUAAUCCAAAGUGGGUCAUACCAGUCCAUCUUCCUCUAUGACGGUUCUCUCGCUCUUUCUAUUCCUCCCUCAUUUAGCUGCAUGGAUGGCUAUAAGCAGCUCCCACAAUCCACUGGGUGUGUAGUGUGUCCAGCUGGUUCUUUUUCUAGUGGUGGUGCGUGUACUCCGUGUCUGCGUGAUACUUUUCAAGCGGAAGAAGUGCAGGUCUUGUGUUCUCCCUGCCCCUUGGGAACAUCCACUGUGGCCCAGGGAGCCUUUAGUGCUUCUCAUUGUCUUACUGAGUGCCAGCAGAGUAAACUGAGUUGUACAAAAAAAGGUGAAUUCCUGUCAGCCCAGAAGGACCCCAUGUCUGGCAGAUGGUUGUGUGUCUCUCCACAGGGGGAGCAACUUUCUUGGACAUCUUCUGAUGCUCCAGUGACAGUUGAAGAGUGCAAAGAAAAAAAGUCUUGCGGUAUUUUGGCAUUACAGAGCAAGGGGUUUCUGGGAAAUGAUGGUGCUGAGACGUUCCAGACUCUCAACUGUGUUCUGAAAAUAAAAGGAGAUGAUCCCAAUCUGAUGGUGCUGAGAAAGAAAGGUCAUGAAUUCAGCACAGCAGGCCCGAAGAGUUUUGAGAGGCUGAGUUUCCGAAAGACCGGUUCUGGAGUGUAUCGGAUGCUUGUGUUUGAUGCACGUGGAUCCACUCUGGCAGACGUCCAUCGCUUCUGCGUCAACUCUUGCAGUCGUGAGAACUGCUGUGAUGGAUUCAUCCUUAACCAGAAUGUCCUCGAUGGAGGCUCUAUCAUGUGUGGGCUCAUGAGCGCUCCUUCAGUGCUGCAGUGCAGUGAGGCAGACUGGGACGUGGGGGGUGUGGCCUCCUCCAGCCGCAUCUGUGGUGCUGGUGUCCAAUACAGCAAACAACUGAAACGUUUCGCUUUCAACUUUGGUGGACAGGACUUCACCAUCACUGAUGCAGCCUUACCGGCAUCCAGCAAAAAUAAAACUGGCUACCAGGAAACUCUCAUCAGCUUCCAACGCAUCUACCUCUGGAAAGAGUCUGAUAUGAACACACGUCCAAAAACCCCCUCUGCUUGCAGUGGAUCAGCUGUUGUAGAAGAUUCCAAAUUUGCUCUUUCUGACUCCGUAAAGGAGACCAACGGUGAUGUUAAAGUCGACCAAGAGAGGCAACUUCCCAGUCAGCUUUACUGGAUCUUUAAACACCAAUACACUUUCCAGGAGGCACAGCUGUAGUGUCUGAAACGCUGCGAAGAAGAAGAAUUCUGUCAUGUGUCUGAUAUUCGUGAUGAAGGCCCUCUGUAUUUUGCAUGUGUAUUGUAUCCUGACACGCGUGUAUGUGGGGCAUAUGACAAACCCCUCAGGCAGGCAUGCAGUUUAGUGAUGACACAGAGUCUUCAGACUGCAUACCAGAAGAAAGUUUCUCUGUCUGGAAGUGUGAAGAGCUUUUACAGCCGUGUUACUUUUAAGAAGAUGGUGUCCUACUCUGUACGCAGUCGAGUCAGUCUGUCCAGUAAAUCUAUCACAGAAGGGUUUUUUGAGUGUGAGAGGCGAUGUGAUGAAGAUUCAUGCUGCCGUGGCAUAGGAUAUGUUCAAGAUUCAGGAGUACCUGGAUCAGAUGUGUUGUGUCUAACUCUGAAUAGUCUGGGUAUCCAGACGUGUGGUGAGAAUGACAGCACUAACUGGAGGAUUCAGGACUGCUUCCCAUCCAAAGUGCAGACUGAAGCCUAUCCCUCCGGCUGGUAUGAAAAGCCGGUUAACCAAUGGAUAAAGAAUCCAGAAUGUCCACCAUUUAGUCUCCGCUCUCCAUCAAAGAAUGCUGAUUUGAAGAACUGGAAGCAGUUGGAUGCCGCCUCUGUCAAGGUGGAUUCGUCUGUUUCAGCUUUUGACAUUGUCCACAUAAGCAGCGAUAUAGCAGAGGAUCUGGAUAAAGUCAGAGAGUGGUGUCUGUCUGCUUGUGCGGAAAGUGAGUCCUGUUCAGCUGUGUCCAUCGAUAGCAGAGAGUCAGCCAUGAGAUGUGUGAUGUGUCCAGACACACACACCUGCCUUCCUACGACCAGCGGACCAUGCUGCUUCCUAGUCAUCAAAGAGCCUGCUCAAUCUGUUUACAUCAGGACAGGUAUACAGCCAGACUUGACUUCUGUUUCCAUCCCUGAUCACGGCACACUUCUCGGGGAGAGUGAGGUGAAACCCAUAACUGGCUCAGAUAGCAAGCGUGUGACCUACUUCCUGGGUGUCCCUUAUGCUCAUCCACCAAUCGGAGAGCUCCGUUUCAGCCCUCCACAGCCAGCUGACUGGACUAGUACCUGGAAUGCCACGUUUUCUGAAUCCAGCUGUCUUCAGCCUGGCGAUCCCACUGACUCCACCUCCAGCAAAGACUGUCUGUACCUCAAUGUAUUUGUUGCUAGUAGUGUGGGAAAGAAUGCUCCGGUUCUGGUGUUCUUCCACAACUCUGGAUCGGGUCUCUUAGAUGGCUCUUACCUCGCUGCUGUUGGCAACAUAAUAGUAGUGACAGCCAGUUUCAAGGUGGCUGCUUUCGGUUUCCUAAGUGUAGGUUCCAGUGCUCUGCCGGGGAAUUAUGGGUUGCAGGACCAGGCAGCUGCUCUGGAUUGGGUUCAGAAGAACAUUGCUCUGUUUGGAGGAGACCCCACUAAAGUCACAGUAGGAGCAGAGAGAAACGGAGCCGACAUUGCGAGUCUUCAUCUCACCUCACCGUCAGCUUCAUCACUUUUCCACCGUGCUUUAUUAAUGGGUGGAUCGGUGUUUUCUCCAGCUGUUGUAAUGAGUACAUCUAAAGCCCAGGCGCAAACUGCAUCUCUGGCUAGGGAACUUGGCUGCUUGGCCUCUAAUACUUCACAGCUGCUGACCUGCCUAAGGAGUAAACCGGCUCAGAGCAUCAACGCUGCCCAGACCAAGUUGUUAGCAGUGAGUGGUCCUCUGCAGGCCUGGUCACCGGUGGUUGAUGGAACUGUAGUUCAGGAAAAGCCUUCAGUGGCCCUUCGGUCCGGACGCUUCCACAAAGUUGAAUUACUUCUGGGGUCAUCCAUUGAAGACGGCCUCAUCAGCAGAGCCAAGAACAUUAAGAAUUUCGAGCAGCUUCAGGGAAGGACUGACAGCAAGACAGCAUUUUACGCAGCCCUGUCUAACUCUUUGGGUGGAGAUGAUGCUAAUGCUUUCGUGAAGGAGGCCGCGACCUGGUUCUACUCUUUACAGCACUCCCCCACACCCUCAGGAUGCAAUGUGUUCUCUCGCGCACUGGAAAAUGCUACAAGAGAUCUCUUCAUCAUCUGUCCAGCUGUGGACAUGGCUGAAUUCUGGGCAGCCGACACACGAUCCAGUGUUCACAUGUACCACCUUCCUGAGGACGCUGCGUACAACAGUGUUGUCCUGUCAGCUCCGAUGGAUGUGCAGUACCUCUUUGGAGUUCCUCUUGCCUCAGAAACACGUGACCUCUUCAGCACCAAAGAGAGAACACUUACCUUGCAGAUCAUGAACUACAUGGCAAACUUCCUAAAGUCUGGCAACCCCAACCUGCCUCUUGCAGCAUCUAGGACGUCCUUCAGUAAGUUCUUACCCCCAUGGCCUCAGUUCAUGCCUCACCCGGGUGGACGGGGCUAUAAGGAACUGUCCUUUACUCUCAAUAACCGCAAGAACCUCCAGAGUCCUCAGUGUUCCUUCUGGUCUCAAUAUGUGCCAGCUCUGAUCACCUCUACCGCCAAAUUCUCCUGUGAGACAUCAGUGGGAGAUUCUGGAGGUAUUCAAAGUCCAACCCAAGAGCCAAAGUCAAUCCCAGACCCCAGCUUCUCUCGGACUCCAAGCAAACCUAAAUCUGAGAAAGAUGCUUACAAUUAG